AUGGUCUCGCCUUCCAAGACCAGCCUCACCUUCACCCACAUCACAACGGCUACAGCCAUCCUGAAUAUCGAUGGGGUCAAUUUUCUCACUGAUCCUUACUUCGGUGAUGCUGGCAGCUUUGUUGCCGAUCUCGACUGGUCGCGAGCACGGCUGAAGGAGGAUUUCGGGUUGGAUGAAGUCCCUCCCGCCACCGCGCUCUCCCUUUCCAAGCCCCCGGUCAUGCAGCUUCACGACCUACCUCCCAUCGACGCUGUUCUCCUCAGCCAUGAAGACCACUACGACAACCUCGAUCCUGAGGGAAGGAAGCUUCUUGAUGGACGCCGAGUCUUCACUACCAUGGACGGAGCAAAGAACUUGCAGCCACGCCCGGCUGUUGUCGGCCUGAAACCCUGGGAGAUGGUGACCUCUGUGAUCGGCGGCAAGGAAUUCCGCAUCACAGGAACUCCUUGCAAGCAUUUCCCAAUUGGCGAAGUCACCGGGUUUCUCAUUGAAUGCGACUCGUUUGGCACACACGAAGAAACCGGAAAGCCGAAUGCCAUUUACUUCUCCGGCGACACUGUGUAUAUCGAUGAGCUGAAGAAGAUCAAGGACCGCGUCCACGUCAUGGCUGCUGUUCUCAACUUGGGCAACGCUACUUUCGAAUUUCCCAUCGGACCCAUUCAAAUCACUAUGGAUGGAAAGCAGGCAGUGCAGUUAGUUCAAGACAUCGGCGCUGACUUCAUGGUGCCUAUGCACUUUGAGGAUUGGGAACAUUUCAAGGAGCAUGGCACGGAUCUCGCCAAAAUCUUUGAAGAAGCAGGUAUCAUGCACAAAAUUUGCUGGCCCGCACCGGGAGUUCCCAAGAUUGUAUACUAG